AUGGUGUGUGAGGCCCAAACCGAUCCAAGGCUAUGGUCCACUAACACACCAAAUUCAAAUUCAGCAUCAUCGCCUCGAUCUCCUUGCUCCGUCUUUGAUUCAAUCCUUCGUGGCCGCCAUAGACGAUCUACUCCCGUCCUUAUCUGUCUUUAUCCCGUCUCAUGCGUUCGCGUCUCCUCAUUUCUGAGCUUCCCUCAAACCUCCGUCGCGAAACAGUCUUCCUCUCCGACAGCUACAGCGGUGAAAAACGACGGCGCCACCUCGGCGAUACUUUCAUCUCACUAUUCCGUUUCUGAUCCUCAAAUAACACAAGAAGAUCUGCACGAAGCCUCCUCCUCUUACGGAGAAAUUUCGACGACGUCGAUACUGAAGACGUCAAGGUGA